AUGGCAGACAAGAAACUUGCGCUCAUCCUGGAAGAGGAUGGGGGAUUUCCCAAUGACGCCAUUUUUGCAACAAAUCUCAUUCCUGUUGCGCGCGAAAUCAAGCGAGCUGUUUUUCAUGACCCCGCGAAAGACCUGAAUGUGACUUACGACCAGUUCUUGACCGAUGUUGUUUACAUGCGACGUCAGUUGAAGGCGCAUCUCUCGUCAUUUAUCGAUCCUCAGAAUGGAUCUAUGUUUGCAGAGCCUGUACUGAUCUGUACGCUCGCUCCGGCAAACUAUGAAUUUGCAGUGGCAGCGUUCGCGAUCCUGGCGCUCGGUGCAACAAUUGUACCCUUGCCAACCAACACAACUCCUGCCCUUGUCUUUCACCACCUUCGCAAAAGUCCAGUCAAAUACAUCCUCGCGGGAUCCGAUUUUCUGGACCAAGCGAACGAGUUUCAAGCCUAUGCAAACCAAAACUUCCUUCCAGCUGUCCAGGUCGAGUCUAUCACUGUUCACAAUGAGUGUCCAGAUUCACUGUGGGAUCUUCCGCACGUGAACAUUGCCGAGAAUCUUACAUUCCCUGAAUCUCGCCCGGGUAUUGUCUUCUUCUCGUCGGGUUCAACCGGUGUUCCCAAAGGUGUUAUACACAACCGGGGUUUCUUCUAUAACAUGCCUCGCCUGGCGCCUGACGAAAGCUUCCUUGUGCACCGUCCGGCCAGUUGGCUCGCUGGAACCAUGCCACUGGCAUCCGCAGUCCUUGGGGGCGCACGGGCCGAGAUUAUUGACCCGGCGUCGCCGCCUGAAGCAUUCUGGGAGCGGUUGCGAACUGACAAGAUCACAACGCUGAUGACGACGGUUGUACUUUGGGAGAAGAUGGCUCGGUACUACAAGCACAAUCUGGAAGCUCAUCCAGAUCGGGCGCAGUAUGUGGCGGGGCUGCACAACCUGCGCACCGCUCUUAUCGGUGGGAGUGUGCCUGUGCCGUCGUUGUUGAAGUUCUAUAGUGAGGAGUUCAACCUACAGCUUGGGAUCGCGUAUGGGUCCACAGAAACGGGCAAGAUAGUUUCACUUUUGCCUCCGGGAGUACAGGUCGAGGAGAAUCGCUGCAUUGGUAAGCCUCUGUCCCCGCAGAACCCAUUCAAAUUGUCCGAUGGAGAUCGAGGUGAGCUUCUUAUUGGAGGAAUCACAACAUUGCUUGGAUAUAUCAACGACGAAGCCGCGAUCCGAGCGGUGCUUGAUGACGAGGGAUACCUGCGAACUGGAGACCUAGUCCACAAGACAGGCGAGUUCUACUUCUUCGAUGGCCGGGCAUCUGUUGAUUUCAUCAAAACCCCUGGAGGCCCCGUGCCUGUCGUACAACUCGAGGAGGCUGUGCAGACGCUUGAGUAUUUCAAGGAAACCUACGUUGUUCCAGUAGAAGAUCAAGUUGUCGGUCGACGAGUUGGAGUGCUCGCUAGACCUCGAGAUGCGUCAGUCAGCCUGGCGAAGUUACGGGAAGAUCUGGCAUCUCUCGUGGCACCUCACAUGCUCCCCAGUGCUUUCCGAAUCUUGGAAACUGAUGAUACGAUUCCGCUAACGUACACUGAUAAGGUGUCGAAGAAGGAUAUCAUGAAAAAGUUUUUCUUGUGCGACUCGGAGGGAAAGCUGCCGAGCGUUGUGGAGUUGAUGGACCUUGAAUUUCAAUAA